AUGAGCACAGACCAGACGCCUACCUACGGCGGCCAGGCCGUCAUUGAAGGUGUGAUGAUUCGAGGACAGCGCAACAUCGCCGUCGCGGUGCGCCGUCCCGACGGCAGCAUUGCGACGAUGUGCCACCCGCUCACGCCGCUUUUCACGGGCAGGCUGCGGCGCACGCCCCUAGUGCGCGGCGUCAUUGCGAUGGCGGAGACUCUGACGCUCGGCAUGCGCGCGCUGAGCUACUCCGCCAAUGUUGCGGCUGAAGCCGAAGGCGAGGAAAUCGGCAAAGGUUCGAUGGCAGUCAUGAUGCUGGUAUCGUUGAGCAUCGCCAUUGGUAUCUUCUUCCUGGUGCCAGUGCUUGCAAGCGACCGGCUGGAAGGGCUGCUAGGCUCGAGUCUCUUGGCGAACAUCGCGGAAGGUAUCAUUCGGCUCGCGCUGUUUCUAGGCUACAUCCUGCUGAUAAGCCGCAUGGACGACAUAAGGCGCGUGUUCAUGUAUCACGGCGCGGAGCACAUGACCGUUCACGCGCAGGAGCGCGGGGACCCGCUGGAAGUGGAGCACAUCCGCAAGUACCCGACCGCGCACCCGCGCUGCGGCACGGCGUUCCUGCUGGUCGUGAUGGUGGUGGCGAUCGUCGCCUUCAUCUUCGUCGGGCGCGAACCCUUCUGGUGGCUGAUCGUGUCGCGAGUCGUACUGGUCCCGUUCAUAGCAGCGGUGAGCUACGAAGUCAUACGCUUUAGCGGACGCCACGCCGGCAAUCCGCUAGUAGGCCUUAUUACUGCUCCAAGCCUCGCGCUUCAGUCGCUCACCACUCGGCAGCCUGACGACGACCAGAUCGAAAUCGCAAUCACAGCCAUGGAGCAGGCGCAGGCAGCGGACAGCGCUCCAGAACUUGCAGAGUCUUCACUGUAA